UCUUUGUGUUCCUGGUCAGGGAUCCACUAGGAGACUAGGCAGGACUAAGGGCGAGAGAAGGCGGAGCCUUUGGGCUUUGGGCGCGAGGAGUUGAAAGACGGUCGGUGUCGGUUCGGCCGGUAGGGUCCGAUUCCGCUGUCCCAGCCGUUCCCCAUGGCUGCCUCGGAGGCGUUUCGGGCUUCGCCUCCUGUGCCUCCUCCCGCCUCUCGCUCGUCUUCAGGCGCCUCUUCAGCAUCUUCCCCCGGCGCGAGUUUGGGCCGGCCGGUUCCGAGCUGGAGCCGCGGCGGAGCGCUGGACCCGCUGGAGGAAGUGGAGCUGCAGAUCGGGGACGCAGCAUUUUCGUUAACCAAACUUCUUGAGGCGACAUCUGCAGUAUCAGCUCAAGUGGAAGAGCUUGCCCUCAAAUGUACAGAAAACGCACGCUUCCUCAAAACAUGGAGGGACCUCUUGAAAGAAGGCUAUGACUCUUUGAAACCUGACAACUGAUUGGAGUAAUGACUGUAAUAAUUCAUACUUCCACACACCUGUGCUGCAGAUACAAGAUGAUCUCCUUCCAGUAGUUCUGUGUACUCAGGGUGAAGUGUUUCUUAGGUUCCUUGACUUUUGUGAAGUACUGAUGUAAGUUUUUGAUGUUGACCAGUUAUUUGUUCAUCCUGAAAUAUUUUCUGCCCUCUCAAUUUUUGUAAAAUCCUUUAUGGAACUGAAUUCUGUCAGUAGGUGAUUUUUUUAAAUAGUGCCACCAGAUAAAUGGUUUUGUAAGAAGAUGCCAAGAAUGGUGAAGUGUGAGGUGAACUUCAUUUAUGGUCCAAAGGAGGUGACAGAGGUUGCUAGUGGUAGAGCCAGCUGUCUUAUGCUAAUUUCUCUGACACCAAUGAUCGUGUUUCACUUCUUUAUCCUCAGGACCUUGUAAAAAUGUCACAUGAACUCACAAAAUGUUUGUUGAAGACUUCACAAACAAAAUUAAAAGCCAUUUUCUUCCUAUUUUUUUAGCAUCAGGACAGUAAUUCUCAAAAAAAAAGUAUGAAUCUAAAUUUCAUUGACUUGAAGGAAAAACACUCUCUUUUUUUGUGGGGAUUUGAAUAUUUUUCCCAUUUUGAGACAGGGUCUCACUAUUAGCCCAAGCUAACUCAAACUCCAGGUCCUUCUACCCCAGACUCCAUAGUGCUGGGAUUACAGGUAUGUCCUAUCACACCCAGCAUGGGGAUUUCAAUUUUGAUGGUAGCUUUAAAAAAAUAUGUUUUCUUAUUGUAUGAUGCUUUUUUUUUAAACCAGAAAUCUUUUACUGUCUACAAUCCUUUUAAAAAAAGCCUUUAACUUCAGAAAAUGAAUACCUGUCUAGAAAGAAUGCACGU